AGAGAGCGAGGGUGUCGAGUAGAAUUUGUUUGGUCUCUGGAUUGGAAGAGGAGAUUUAUGAAGUGGAAGGCCGAAGCUGAUUGCGUACUGGGGAUAACGUUCGGUACGGGAAGGAGGAAAAUAGGAGUUGGAUUUGGUUUGCAGAGUAGAAGGGUUAUAAGGACAAUUGGCUCGAAUCUGAAGGAGGACCUCACCAGACGUUGUGUCUUCUAUUGUUUGCGUAGAUCAGAAGCUUGUGUGUUGGAUUGCAGUUUAGUUAAUCGAUAUAGACUCUCUGGAUUGGUAGAUCCAGAAGAGGGAAUGAAGCGCGCAAAUGUAAUCAAUUUGCUGUUGAAUAUGAUGCCGACGCCACAACAACCCGCUCCGUCUCCGCCCGACCACUGGUCGUUUCUGGAUCAAGUUGAUGCGCCGCAAUGGGUGGACCUGGCAAAGGAAGCAGCUUUGAUGGGUACUCUAGGAGACGACCCAUGGUUCUAUCGCAGUCACGCGCAUCACGAAACCUCCCUAGCGCGAGUGGGGACUACGGCCCUCGCAAUCCAAAGCACGUCAUUGAGGGAGAAAGUUCGCCCGCCGACGACGAAGAAAAAGAGCGCCGGAGUAAUGAAGGCAAAACCUUCCGUGAAAGCAUGUCUGGGCGGGAUGAAGCGUAUCUCAAUUGCAGGAUUGAAGGAGGACCGAUUGUCCAGCCGUCCGAGGUUGGGGGCCACUCAGGCAUGGCCUAGGACUCCCGGAAAACGCGUCCACGUAAAGGGCACUGCCCCACGAGGUCGAGUUGCUGUACCUGGAUCCGAUGGCAGGUUGGCCGUGUACGAACCAGCCACCACUCCUCGGAAGAAAAUGCUUCAAGGAAAACUCGCGGAUCCAUCUGUUAAUGGCCUCAGACCGCCCCCAGCCUUCGCAAGGACGGGUCGGGCUAGUCGCGGCAGCAGUGAUCCAUCCGUGGGUGGCAACGGGCGUUCGAGCCGAGGGAGCGAUCCUUCGGUGAGUGGAACAGAUCGCGUGAGCGGAGGGAGUGAUCCGUCGCUGAGUGACCAGUCUUUGAGCAUCUAUGACUCGCCAAAACCGACACUUGAAUCUCUGAAUGGAACCUAUCGUAAUGCCAGUGUAAUGUCCUCGAGUGAUAUGACCUGCUCAUCGACGGAGCCGUCACCGACGCCAUCCAACUCAUCGGCAGAAGGAGGAGCUCCAGUGAGAGGCGCUUCACUACCUUUUGGGACAAAGAGUCAACUUUCCAGGAAUUUAAACUCUGAGAGUUUCUGUACAAGUAUACAACCACAAGAGGCGGCAACCAAAGAGUGUGACGCGACUUGCGCGUCAGCUAACCGUGCUGCUGCGCUUGACGUAAAAGAGCCACUGCAAGAUUUGACCGAAAGGUUAGAGCUUGAGGUGAAGAGGCCCAAGUCUGUGAAAGUGUUAGACCGCGAUUUGCCGAACGGAGACGCACAACAGAACGGGAAAUCUUAUCCGGACUUAACACAACAGUCAUCGACUCCGACAUCGACCCCAUCCUCGACUCCGAGGCUCAAGAGAAAGAGCCUGGGACCUCCUCUGCGGGUGAAGCACGAUGGGUCGGGGCCUCCGAGCUCUAAGAAGAACGGCUACAGCAAUUCGGUCCUCAACCAGGAGGUAGUUUUGUCAGAUAAGCUAUACGGGUCGCAAGCAACCCACCCUAUCCUCGAAAAGCUUCGCAGGAGUUGGGGAUCUGCACUACGCGUGAAGCAGCGGAAGGAGGCAGAGGCCAACGGCGGGAGCCAGAAGAGUGAGAGGAGUGAUAGCACGUGUCAGAAUUCUAGUGCAGCCUCGGGGGAUCUAGAAAGUACUGGAGCCUCUGGAGCUCGCCCUGAUACUGUGACCUUCGAAGAAGAGGCGACUGUUAUCGGGGCCUCCCCUGUGGAGGACUCGGAAAGCAGGAACUUGGCUGUUCAAAGUGACGAUAACACCAAGGAGCAAUCCAGAGUCGAGAUUGUUGUUGAUUCUGCGAGAGAGGAGACCCAAUGUUCAGGAGGGCAGGUUUUGGUAGACGAGAUUUCCCCUCGAUCUGAAGCCAGUUCCACGGUUCAGGUCGCGAAGACCUCAAAAGCAUCCGCUGUAGCUCCUUCGACCGGCGGGAAGCUCAGCAAAUCCAAGUCACUGGGAUGUAUGGAAACAAGGGACAGAGCGUCUUCAACGCCUGCUAAGAGUGGUCUAGCUCAACAACAAAAAUCUAAAUCCGAUGCGCUUUCUAAAGCCAAGAAGCCAUCCGUAAAUAAAGAUACGCUCGGUCGAACUUCGUUGCCUAAGAAAGGCAAUAAGGAAAACCUGAGCUUAGAGCUGUCAGAGAAAUCUCUUACAACCUCGCUGGACACCGAUCGGAAGAAGAAAGUGCCAAAUCCUCUCCUCAGGACAAGCACACCAACUUCGACCAGACCGCAGGCUUCGGGGAAUUCGACUGUCUCACAACCUUUGAAUUUCACCAGAACCAGCCCUCAAGCUCGGACCACGUCGGCUGCUCACGGGAAUAAAACAGGCGUUGGCAGCCGAAGCCGGAGUUUACCAUCAUCAGUGCGCGAUACUGAAACAACUUCUGGGAAGAACUCGGAAGCAUUAGAUAGGAAAGUAAGUAACUUAGCAGUUCAUCGAGGGAGCACUUCCUCAGUGCCCACAAUCACCAAACAAAAGUCUGAUAAGUAUGCACAGGCGCCAGGCAAAGAAGUGCCCAGUAAAGAAAAAGAUUGCAACACUGCAGCUGUUCUCCCCAGAGCAGGGAAAAGCUCGUCAGUAUCAUCCGCUCCGGACGAACCAAGCGGCUACUCCACCGAGAAUGAUCGUAAAAGUCGGCUAGUACCUAAGUAUGAACCGAGACUACAUCCUGUGAAGGUCAUCCGAGAGUGGGAGAGCAAAUCCGGGAAACGAUAUUACGAUCUACAACCGGGAGAACGACAAAAAGUCAAUCAGGAAAUUACGGCCUCGAAGGAAAUGGCAGUCUCAAAAAGAGGCUCGGCUUGAAAAUAGUAGCAUUCUGUGAUUAGGCAAUUAACUUACAACUGUAAAUUACUUAGGACCAAUUCAUUUUUCUCCCUCAAUAAAAAGGGUUGCGCUCUCAAACGCGCGAAGAGAUCGAUAGAUGUCUACAAGGACAUCCAAAGGAUUUGCUAGAGGCAAACUAAUAAACGUAUUGCAAGUGGAUCAUACUUGACAAUUAGAGGAAUGUCUCUACAUGUUUUACAUUUCGUAUUGUAAUUAUCAGCGUUUUGUUGAGCGAUUUUGCAGAGCAACGAAAGCUCGAAGCGAAUUUACUACUUUACUACGUUAUC